AAAAAGUAAACGGCCAAAAAAAAAAAAACAGCCACGGUCGCUGCAGGAUCGACGACAACAAUCGCCGUUAUUAGCAGUUAACCGGAGCAGCAGCACGUCCCCUCGCCGCCGCGCCCGAUCCAGCCGCGUGUCCGCCGGGCUGUCGGUCACCGAGCUCGCCAAAUCUUUCCACGGCUCGAGGCCGCCCAUGUUCGUCUGCAGGUCACUCCUCGCAAGGUGCGUCCCGAUUCACUCCUCUCCCCUACGGCCUACCUUCCUACCCGCCGCAUCCUCCUACAGUCCUGCUAACGAGGCUAGUCGGCUCACUCCGCCUGCGAUUCCAUGCGCCGCCAGUUCGCCAAUUCGUUACCUCCACCAGGGAUCAGUUUGUCGAAAUAAGGUGGCCUCAUUUGUGAUGGAAGGGCCACAAGGAUCAAGCAAUGUGACAAAACACAAUAAAAGAAAGUCUCCUGUGCAGAGAUGGAGGCCGGUUUCAACAGAAGCAGUUCCCCAGAAAGAUGACAUUACCGAGACAUCAAAUUCUGGAAGCAAGAAAAUUAUAGAGGAUUGCAUAGCUUCUAGUGAGAGUUUGGCAUCAGAUGGAACAACCAAUGUUGUUGAAGUUACCACCAACGAUGCUUCAUCGUCAAAAUAUAACUUAAGUUUGGAAUACAGUUCAACUAAAGUAGUUAUAGAAGACAAUGUGGAGGUAUUUGGCUUCAAUAAGGAUCUAGUUGUAUCCAAUGUCUCCGGGACGUAUUCCUCCUCUAUUGAGGUAGAUACUCCUUUGAUACGCUUUGUGAAAGGAAAGGGUGGGUCUACGCAGAAGCAGAUUGAAGAGGAUACUGGAGUUAAAAUUAUCUUCCCAUCAUCAAGAGAGGGGACUUCUGUUGUCCUUGAAGGUAAAAGUGCUGAAAGUAUUAGAAAAGCAUCACAGAUGAUUGCAGAUGUUCUUGAAGAGGCUGUUAAAAGUCGACAGCUCGACUACUCUCAUUUCAUAUCACUUCCAUUGGCUCUCCACCCAUAUCUUGUCGACAAACUGAACCACUUCCAGAGUUCAAUCCUUGGGGAAGAAGACAGUGACAAAGAUGAGAGCCGAAGUGAAGGUUCUAUUGAUGAAAUGGAUGAUGACCGCAAGCAAGUGGAUGGCUCAAGUGUUUCCAUCAAGCGGCAAGUUCAAGAAGAAGAGUCUGCUGAAGCAAAAAUGGGUAGCAAAGGCUCCCAAUCAGAUUUUGGCAUUGACAAGUCAAUAUUUAUCAAACCGAAAACAUUUCACCUGACGGUUCUUAUGUUGAAGUUGUGGAACAAGGAUCGUAUAGCUAAGGCCGCGGAUGUGCUCCAGUCAGUAUCUACCAAAGUAAAUGAAGCUUUGGAAAAUCGACCUAUCUCCAUACAGCUUAGAGGUCUGACAUGCAUGAAAGGUUCUCCAGCUAAGGCUCGGGUGGUAUAUGCUCCAGUGCUGGAAGUUGGUGGCGAAGGGCGCCUAGCACGUGCUUGUAAAGUCAUAACUGAUGCCUUUGUCAAGUCAGGUCUAGUUUUUGAAAGGGACGCAAGAGAACUGAAGUUGCACGCAACCGUAAUGAACGUGCGGCAUAGGAAGAGUAGAAAUAAACGGAACCCAUGGAAGGACUCGUUUGAUGCCCGGGAUAUAUUCAGGAAAUACGGGAACGAGGAGUGGGGCGAAUAUCCCAUCCAUGAGGUUCACCUUUCUCAGAGGUUCAAGUUUGACAAAAGUGGAUACUACUAUUGCUGCUCGUCGAUCCCCUUGCCUGCAGAGAUGCACACAGAGUGAGGUUUGUAGCUGUGAUCAUGUUUUAGGGUUGUUGCAUAAUAAUAAUUAAAAAAAACUGCAGUUCAUGAGGCGUUUAACUUUGUUAUCAGUGGUAUGCCCUUAGGGCAGGUGUUACGGUGUAUCAAUUGUUUUGAAUCACCGAUGGGCAGGUGUAUCUACUGUCUUGAGUCACCUAUAUGAGCCAUGUGUUGUCGUUGGAUGGAUGGUGUUGUAUGAUAUGAGCGAUGGCAAUGGUAGUGGGCUCCCUGUAGUUCGUGUUGAACUGUUGGUUUGACAUUGUUUUUCAAUGGCCCAUUCCAUGUGCUGUCAACUCACAGGCUGGAUCUAUCUCAGCUGCUGGCCUGAGGACCUCUUAUCUAUCUCCUCGAGUGCUUUGCACUUUUCAUCA